AUGCCUUCGCCUACCCUCGCCGCCCUGCUGGCCUGCUGCGUGUUGCUAGUCCCCACGAUAGCCUCGCCUUUCCCAACGCGGUCGGUCGAAUGUCUCGACGUCGGCACAAAUGCCACAGCAACCUGGACGAAUUCAGAGGGAAAGAAGUGCACAUGGACAGGAGUCGUUGGGAGUAACUUCGGCGCAAAGGAUGGAAAAUAUGGAAAACAUGGAGAUUAUGGUUGCAUAGGCCGCUGUGGAAUAGGAUGCAACGGCAUAUCUGUGGGCAGCGUGUACACACAGCAGUGCUUCUCGCACGACAUCUGCUCGUGGUUCGGCGGUGUUGGAAAAGACCCGAACGAUCCCAACUGCGGUGCCAGCUACAAGGCCGCUGUUGACGACUUUCUCGUGGGUGCCAUGCAAGGUUGUAGGCAUGCGAACCCAUCUCUUCCCGUGGAAGCACCGACUGUGCGUCCCGUCUGCAUCUAG